GUGCUUUUGUUGCAGAAGGCAGAAAAAUGGCCGCUGAGAUGGUUGCGGUCUUUUCAUCUUAGUUCCUGGCUCAGCGCUCAGGAGUGGCUCAGGAGGAGCUCUACGGGACUUGCGGGUCGGCGGGCGUCUAAAUGCUAAGGCAGGGCCUCAGGAUGAACGGGUUCUCUCUGGGCGAGCUGUGCUGGCUCUUCUGUUGUCCGCCGUGUCCCAGUCGCAUCGCGGCUAAGCUAGCCUUCCUGCCGCCGGAGCCCACCUACUCGGUGCCCACCGACACCGGCGGCUCGGCCAGCUUCCAGCUGACGGAGCGGGCGGACUGGCAGUAUUCCCAGCGGGAACUGGACGCGGUGGAGGUCCUCAGCACCAGGAGCAGCAGAGGGAACCGGAUCUGCUGCAUGUUCGUGCGCUGCGCCCCCAACAGCCGCUACACGCUGCUCUUCUCCCACGGAAACGCCGUGGACCUGGGCCAGAUGUGCAGCUUUUACAUCGGCCUCGGCUCCCGUAUCAACUGCAACGUCUUCUCCUACGACUACUCGGGCUACGGGGUCAGCACUGGCAAGCCGUCGGAGAAGAACCUGUAUGCCGACAUCGAGGCGGCCUGGCAGGUCCUCAGGAACAAGUACGGUGUAACGCCUGAGAACAUCAUCCUGUACGGUCAGAGCAUCGGCACCGUGCCCACCAUCGAUUUAGCUGCUCGCUACGAAUGUGCUGCUGUCAUCUUACACUCACCACUCAUGUCCGGACUACGGGUGGCCUUUCCUGAUACACGCAAGACCUACUGCUUCGAUGCCUUCCCCAGUAUCGACAAGGUGUCCAAGGUGGCGUCUCCAGUGCUGGUGAUCCACGGUACGGAAGACGAGGUGAUCGACUUUUCUCAUGGCCUGGCCAUGUACGAGCGCUGCCCCCGUGCCGUUGAACCUCUGUGGGUGGAGGGGGCUGGGCAUAAUGACAUUGAACUAUAUGCUCAGUACCUGGAGAGACUCAAGCAGUUCAUCUCCUUUGAACUAUCCACAUCCUGAUGGCAGCGCCUCUUCAGGCCGGGG